AUGCUGCUAGAUAUCACUCGCAAGCUUCUCACACGGUCUGAGCGUGUCAAAAGUGUCGACUUCCAUCCGACGGAACCAUGGCUUUUGGCUGGGUUAUACUCGGGAAAAGUUUUUGUCUGGCACACGGAGACUGGUGCACUUUUGAAAACUUUCACGCCCACUGAGGUUCCAGUGCGAUGUGCUCGGUUCAUUGCCCGGAAAAAUUGGUUUGUUUGUGGAUCAGACGAUUUCCACCUUCGCGUAUUCAACUACAACACAUCCGCCCGCGUGGCUGCAUUCGAGGCUCAUCCUGAUUACAUCCGUUGCUUGGCUGUUCACCCUACGCAGCCGUUGGUAUUGACCGGAAGUGAUGACAUGACCAUCAAGCUGUGGGAUUGGGACAAGUCAUGGAAAUGCCUUCAGGUUUUCGAAGGACAUACGCAUUACAUCAUGAACUUGGCGUUUAACCCGAAGGAUUCCAACACCUUCGCAUCCUCUUGUUUAGACCGCACCGUGAAGGUCUGGUCACUAGGCUCUCACACCGCCAACUUCACCCUCGACGCUCACGAGAAAGGUGUCAAUUAUGUUGAAUACUACCAUGGUGGAGACAAGCCUUAUCUGGUCACCACUGGCGAUGAUCGACUCAUCAAGAUUUGGGACUACCUCUCUAAAUCAUGUAUACAAACGCUCGAAGGUCAUCAAUCGAAUGUUUCCUACGCUAUUUUCCACCCCUCACUGCCUAUCAUCAUCUCGGGCUCAGAGGAUGGCACCGUCAAAAUUUGGCAUUCCUCGACUUAUCGACUGGAAAAUACGCUAAAUUACGGACUGGAACGGGCCUGGUGUGUCACUUAUGGUAAAAACGGGAAUGACAUCGGCUUAGGAUUCGACGAGGGCUCAGUGGUAGUCAAGCUCGGACGAGAGGAACCGACUAUUAGCAUGGACGUCGGAGGCAAAAUAGUCUUUACUAGGAACGCUGAAGUAUUGACUUGCAAUGUCGCGGCUGCUCAAGAUCAUGAAAUUCCCGAUGGACAGAAGUUGAAUGUUCAGGUCCGUGAACUUGGAACAACCGAAGUAUUUGCCCAAACUCUUCAGCACUCACCAAAUGGCCGAUUUGUGACGGUAUGUGGAGAUGGCGAGUACAUCAUCUAUACAGCUCUGGCGUGGCGAAACAAGUCAUUUGGCACCGGUAUCAGCUUCGCUUGGGCAGCAGAUUCAAAUACGUAUGCCGUCAGAGAAACUGCCAUGAAGUUGAAGGUUUUCCGCAACUUCAAAGAAAAUGUCGAUCUUAUCAGGACGGGCUAUCCCAUGGAAGGUCUGUUUGGGGGAGCACUCUUGUGUGUCAAAGGUAGUGGAUUCGUGUGCUUUUACGAUUGGGAAACGGGAUCACUGGUUCGAAGGAUUGAAGUCGAAGCUCGAGAUGUUUUUUGGUCAGCAUCGGGAGAACAUGUGGCGAUUGCCGGCGAAGAAUCGCUUUACAUUCUAAAGUUUGAUCAACAAGCAUACGCGGAAUUUCUGGCCGAAGGCGGUGAACUAGGAGACGAGGGAGUGGAGGCAGCGUUUGACCUUUUGCACGAACUGCCUGAAGUUGUCCAGACCGGAAAAUGGGUUGGAGAUUGUUUAAUAUACACCAACACGGCAAACCGCUUGAACUACGUCAUCGGAGGGCAAACUCAUACACUCAGUCACUUCGAUCAACAGAUGUUCUUAUUGGGAUAUCUUCCAAAUUACAACCGGAUCUAUCUUUGCGAUAAAGAUUGUGGGGUCUUCUCGUAUUCGCUCGCUCUGUCAGUAGUUGAGUACCAGACAGCAAUCAUGCACGGAGACUUGGAUUCGGCUGCCGGAUUACUCGAGAACGUACCUCAAGACCAACGCAAUCGAAUCGCUAGAUUCUUAGAAAGUCAAGAUUUGAAAGAGUUGGCUUUGUCGGUAUCGACGGAUAUCGAUCAUCGAUUUGAGCUAGCCACUCAGUUGGAUGACUUGGACACCGCCUUGGAAAUUACCAAGUCCGCGCCUUAUCCAGAGUCCCAAAGCAAAUGGAGAAUAAUCGCUGAAAAGGCAUUGGCUAGUUGGAAGAUUGAAUUGGCCGAAGAAUCAUUCCUCAAAGCAGGGGAUUUGAGCGCCCUCUUGCUAAUUUACUCUUCCACCGGUGAUCGGGAGGGCUUGAGUCGGUUGGCUCGGCUUGCAACUGUUGCGGGACAGAAUAAUAUCGCGUUUUCGUGCCAACUCCAGCUGGGUGUCCCAGAAGAGUGUGUAGAUAUUCUCCUAUCAACUGAACGCUUACCAGAAGCCGCGCUAUUUGCAAGAACAUAUGCCCCUAGUCAAGUACCCAAGGCGGUCGAACAGUGGAAGAGUAGCCUGGAGGAAUCAGGUAAAACAAAAAUCGCAAUGAAAAUCGCCAACCCCGAAGAACAUUUCGAUUUGUUUGACGAAGGAUGGGCUGAUGCGUUGGAACGCGAGAAGGAAGUUGCCAAAGGUGUAGAUAUCAACACUGUCGUAUCUGAUGUGGCUUCCUUGAAGCUCAAUGGGCAACAGCCUCAGAGCGCGUCACCGGCCGAAGAGACUGAAGAGGCCGAGGAGACUGGAGAGGGCGAAGAGGCUGAGGAUGUGGAAGAAAACGAAAAACCCGAGACAAAAUAG